AUGGGAUCUACACGACUUGUUAAGGUUAUUGAUGUGUGGUUGGCCUCUAAUGAUUCCCGUGAUAAGCUUAUGAAGGGAGCUGGAUGUUUCUUCAAGCUUCUUGGACUCAUUUCCAGUCAGGAAAAAUACUUGAAAGUCAGCGCGGCGAUGUCUGAUUGCCGUUGUUUGAUGCGUCUUCUCUCAUGGAUCAAUAACACAAAAAAGGUCAGCGACGCGUUGGGAAAAAAUGAAGUUGGGUUUCGAGAAGUCCUUUUUCUUUUACGAGUUAUUUUCGAUGGAAUUUUCUGCUUGUUGGACAAUGUAGUAUACAUGGGACAUUUUUUUAAUAAGGUAGAUCCAAACCUCAUUCGAUUCAGAGUGAUAUCAAGAGCUUCAUUAUUCUGGGGGUACGUUGCCGCUGUGAUACUGGAUUUACACGAUCUAAUCAAAGAUAAAGCUAUACAAAAUUCUACGCAGCGGCACCUUGGGUUGUUUCGAAAUGCAUGUGACAUGAUCUCCACUCUGGGAGGCGUGUGCUGCCUUGAUAUCGGUCCAUUCAGUGCUGCCUUUUUGGGACUUUUAAGUGCUACUAUUUCAACCAAUGAGCAAAUCCAAGCAGCCAAAAUUUCAAUGGGUCCUCAGUUAGGGGGGAAAAAGCUUUUAAAUCAUCGCUGA